AUGCUGAACCAGCAGCCGAUGCUCCCGGAUAGGAACGGCAGACUGCAGACUGUUUCGGAGAAGCCUAUGGUGCUGCAGAAGGGCUGGCGAGCCUCGGUGGCAAAGGAGAAGUCGCUCAUCAGUGGGGUGGCGAUGACUAGAGGUUCGGUGAAUAGGAGCUGCGUUGGUCGGAAGAGCGCUGAGCAGAUGAAUGUGCGAAGAUGCACACGCCCUGAUAAGACCCAAAUAGAGUCCAUAUUAGACGAGACCGUCCAGAGGAGAAACGCCCAGGUACAAGCCCAGUCCGAGAAACAGAUCCUCGAUGCUGCCGCAUCCGACGGUGUACGAGAUGGCCGAGAGUGCUCCGCCCACUAG